AGAGAGAGAGAGGGAGAGGGAGGGAGAAAAGAAGCGGGGCGAGAAAAGUAGACUUACCUGUAGCUCAACUUCUGGCAACUCUCUCACUCUAUUACCUGCUCCGACUUGAAAGUCCAGUUUCACCAGGAAGGAUCGCAGAGGAAGCAAAAUAUGUCACAGGAGACAGACAAUAAGCGUCUGGUUGUGGUGGUCCCCAACGAGAGCUCUUACCCCGCUGUGCGACGGGCCUACACCAGCGAGGACGAGGCAUGGAGGUCGUACCUGGAGAACCCCCUUACAGCCGCCACCAAGGCCAUGAUGAGCAUCAACGGGGACGAGGACAGCGCCAACGCCCUGGGCCUGUUGUACGAAUACUACAAGGUGCCUAAAGAAAAGAGGCUUCUGCCAGUUCCCAAAGUCGUUGAAACUGAGGAGGAACAGGAGAAGAGGUCUGCGUUGUCGAGCAACACCAGCAGCCAAAGCGAGGCGGAGACGGUGGAUAACCGCGUUCAGGUCCUCAAGUCCGUUCCCGUCAACCUGUCGCUGAACACGGAGCACCAGGAGGCCAAACGGGAGCACUACAGCGGCUCGAGCGAGGCGGCAUCGGGGGACGGAGGCUCGCCAACCUUGGCCACGGUGAAGGCCGAGGUGUACCCGCCCGUCUUCAUGGCGGGAGCGGGGCUUCACUACAGGGUUGAGGGAGAAGAGGCGUCGAGGGUGAUCUACGAACAGAAUCCGUCUGAGGUGACCACCGUCAGCCACAACUCGUACUGGAAAGAAGACCAGCACAGUCCGCCGGACAGCCCGUAUGACGAGGAGAGAGAUGAGCGUUCUCAACAGAAGUACCACACACCUUCCUCUCUGGCUACCAACGACUUCUUAUUUCACCAGGAGGGAGUUGACAGCUUCCAGUACACGCUGGACGCCACUCGCUCGCUACGUCAGAAGCAGGGCGAGGGACCGAUGACCUACCUGAACAAAGGCCAGUUCUACGCUGUGACACUCAACGAACUCAGUGCCAAUAAACGCCUCCGUCACCCCAUCAGCAAAGUUCGGAGCGUGAUCAUGGUGGUGUUCAGUGAAGACAAGAACCGGGACGAGCAGCUGAAGUACUGGAAGUACUGGCACUCUCGGCAGCACACGGCCAAACAGAGAGUCUUAGACAUCGCGGAUUAUAAGGAGAGCUUCAACACAAUCGGCAACAUCGAAGAAAUCGCCUACAACGCCAUCUCCUUCACCUGGGAUGUGAAUGAAGAGGCCAAGAUCUUCAUCACAGUCAAUUGUCUGAGUACGGACUUCUCCUCUCAGAAGGGGGUGAAGGGUCUUCCUCUGAUGAUCCAGAUCGACACGUACAGCUACAACAACCGCAGCAACAAGCCGCUGCACAGGGCCUACUCGCAGAUCAAGGUCUUCUGUGACAAGGGAGCAGAGAGGAAAAUAAGGGACGAGGAGAGAAAACUGUUCCGCAAGAAGUCAAAAGGUAAAGACGGAGGUGUAGGCGUGAUAACCGUUCCCAAGAAGUCCGACGCCACUUAUUUCAAGACCAUGAGCGACUUGGAGGCUCAGCCUGUACUUUUCAUCCCCGACGUUCACUUUGGCAACCUGCAGAGGGCCGGACAGGUGUUUACCUUCAACACAGAGGAGAUCGAGAGAGAAGGGAGUGUGCUGGUGAAGAGGAUGUUCAGGCCGUCAGAUGAAGAUCUGUGUCCGUCACCUCACAAACAGAUCAAGGAGGAGACGCACAAGAGAGUGCUGUUGUACGUAAGAAAGGAGACGGACGAGGUGUUUGACGCUCUGAUGCUGAAGUCUCCGACGCUCAGAGGCCUGAUGGAUGCUAUAUCGGAGAAGUACGGUGUGGCCACAGAGAGGAUAGCCAAAGUGUACAAGAAAAGUAAAAAAGGGAUCCUGGUGAACAUGGACGAUAACAUCAUUGAGCAUUAUUCCAACGAAGACACCUUCAUCCUCAACAUCGAGAGCUACGCGGACGCCUACAAGAUCACGCUGCAGGAGAUCUGACAGCCGACUCGAAGGGCCGCAGGUUGAGACGGAAGAGACGCCGACUGCUGGUUGGCUGAAAUCUGCGAGGCUGCUAUUGAUUGGUUGAUAAGCUGACUGACAGUAUUGGAGACAGUCCGUUGGUGGCGUUAGUCCGACGCUCUGAGGUCAACGUCGACACACCCGAUCCCUCUCUGACACUGUUACACUAUGAAGCAAAGUCGUAUUUACCGUGCAGGAGGAUGACGACAAACAAGAGGACAUUAUAGGAUUUUUAAUGAACUGGCUCUUCCUCCUUGUACCUACUCAUCCUCUACGUUGUGAGGUGAUGGAGUACAGAUCCAUGUCCUCCACCUUUUGCUGAACAUUUUUUAUUGUAUAAAAAAAAAAGUUCUACUUUUCUGUACAGUCUUGUGUUUUUGCCAAAUAACACAUCAGGAGUAGCCUCAUGAAAUGCCUGAUGUAGCCUACUGUGUGUAGCUUGAAUUAGAUGGUCCUAAUUAACUUAGCUUCUUUGCAUGCCAGCCUUUGUUUUUUGUUAGUUGUGUUAUUAUUUAUUAAUGACAAAUGUUUUGCAUUUCUUUAGCAAUUUAUCCAAGAAUUUCAAAGUACUUUACAUUUCAGUGACUUUAUUUAUAGUCACCCUCAAGGACUUUUUUUUCAAUGUGUCUCUAUUUUUCCUCCACGUUCCUAUUUACAUUUCAACAAAUAGCCAAAGUGUUUAUUGGUAGGACAUAACAUGAGAUGGUAAUGACAAAUGAUAAAUACUGUAAAACGACGUCUGGCGGGUGACAAAUGGCACUUGGCCUCGUGUGCUUGGCUGUAUUGAAAAAUUAAUAAAAGGUUUAAACAUA